AUGAAAAGGAUAGAGGACGACGUGAAGGAGGAAGAGGAGGACGAAGACUUAAACAAGCCUGGUACAAGUGGAUUGAUAUCCACAUUGGCUGAGCCUGCAGACAUCAAGCCUUUCGAUAUAAAGCCAAAUUUUGCCGAAGGAUCCACCGAAACGUGCCAACGAUCAGAGCUGGAAAUAAAAGAGGAACCAGCUGAUGAGUGUCCUGAACCACCUCCUCCUGCUCCUCCUCCAACGCCCUCCACUGCAGAAGUAAAACCGACCAAUGGAUUGCUUGGCCUCUGCGCCUACGGAAGUGGAUCUGAUUCGGACUGA